UUCACUUCCGCUUCCUCCGUUUUCCUCUCCGCCCCCCUCCCCGUGACCUCGUGGCCGCUGCUGCUCGGGCUCUUCCUUGGGAAGCUUCUGCCUGGCCUGCGAGGGGAUGGCCCCCGGGGUCCUGAGAGCUGUGGCCCUGGAGUCGGUGACCUUCAAGGACGUGGCCGUGGACUUCACCCCGGAGGAGUGGGGGCAGCUGGGCCCUUCUCAGAGGGAGCUGUACAGGGAGGUCAUGCUGGAGAACUACAGGAACCUGCUGUCCCUGGGGCUUCCAGUUCCCAAACCCGAUGUGGUCUCCCAGCUGGAGCAAGGGGAAGGCCCGGGGAUGCUGGAGAGAGAAGGCUCAAGAGGCUCUUGUCCAGGUCUUCCUGGCUCCAGAGACCCUGCAUUCCACCUAUAUGUGGUGGUAAACACAGAGAAAUGAGGUGGACGGGGCUAACCACUGGAUGAGGCGGUCAGAAGGGACUUCUGAUAGCGUGUGGCUCCUGAGGAAAGGAAGGCCUGAAGGGAACAGGGCAUCCCAAGAGGCAGAAAUGGAGGAGGAAAACCAAUGCCCAGAAGCAGCUGGGAGCACUCCUUUGACUGGACCGUGGAGAGCGUGAGGAUGGAAGAGGGAGAAAGAUGAAAUAAAUCUGGAAAGAUUGGCUAGAGACAGGUGGGGAAGGGCUUCUGUGUUCUGAUUCAGAGGCAGUGGGCACCUGCUAAGACACACAAGCACAGGCUUCUUGAACCCUGUCUGCUGGACACAGGUCACCAUUAAAGCUAUCUUUCUCGAGCAUGAGCAGGAUGUGUUUUAGGGUUAUCUUUGUAGUUGGUCUCUUCUUAUCCAGUGUGAUAGUUCCCCAACCUGACUGUGGGUCCAAUACAAAACAGAGAAUCCAUCUUCUGGUACCCUACUUGUGCUCCUCGACUCCUGAGAAGUUAAUAAAUGUUUGCUGUGAAUGGGCCUUGAUGUCCUCUUAGUCCCUUGAGAUUUCAUUACCGGGAGCCUGAAUUCAUUCAUACUGAUGAGGUGCUUCUUAGGCUUCACAUCCCUCUCCAAGGCAUUCUUGUGGAAGCGUUGUCUUGAGAAAAGAAGGCUGGAUCAGUAGUCACAAGAUCUGAAUUCUAAUCCCAGCUCAACUCUGUGCAGCAAUGUGAUUUUAGUGGCCUUGCCUAACUAUUCUCCAACUCAGUUUCCUCUUCUAUAAAAUCAAAUCCUGCUUUCAGUCUUCCUGUACCACAAGCAUGUGGUGAAGGUCCAGAGCCAUAAUUUGUGUGAAAGCUUUGUAAAGUAAAUAGGAGGGAAUCGUAUUUUAUUAAUGCUAAUUCUCUCCUUUCGAGUUGGAUGAGUCUCCUUGAGGAGACAGAAGUUGAGACUAGAUGUAAAUCAGUUUUCUUUUCCCACGAGAGGAAAGAAGAUAUAUUUGUAUUUUUUAUUUCCUUCAGAUUGGGAGACUAGGCCUGAUAUCAAAGAGUCUCCUCCAAAACUGGACAUUUCUGUGGAAGAAUCAUCCUGGGAGAGACUCGUGAGCAACUGUCUCUGGGACUUCAUAGUGGGAAGAGCCAAAUUAGAAAAGAAGCAAGGGAAUCAAAGGAUUCCUUCCAGACAGUUAGCAGUUACAUCCAAGAAAAUUCCCCACAAAGAGAGAGACCAUGAGCAUCAGCUCUUUGGGAGAGACUGGAGCCCAGAGUCAGGGCUGUGUCUUCAACAGUUCCUUUAGUACAGAAUCGUCCUGAAUGUGACACAAAUGGCAUGCAUUUUGGAAAAUGUUCAGAUUUCAUAAAAGGUAUGGAAAUUGACUCAGGAAAGGGUACUAAGAACUUAAACAUUUAAAUUAUCAGUUGAACCUUGCACAAUAUCACAAAAAUCAUUCGGGAGAGAAGUUUUAUGAAUGUAGGGAGUGUGGGAAUACUUUUAAUGGGAACACAGAUCUUAACAGACAUCAGAAAAUUCACACUGGAGGGAAGCCUUAUGAAUGCAGUGAAGGUGGGAAAGCCUUCAUGCAUCCCUCAUCACUUACCAUCAAAAAUGUCAUACUGAAGAGAAGCCUUUUAAGUGUGAUGAAUGCGGCAGGUCCAUUAGUCAGAAGACAACGCUCAGUUACCAUCACAGGAGUCACACUGGAGAGAAGCCUUAUAAAUGUAGUGAAUGUGGGAAGGCUUUCAGCCAGAACACAAAGCUUAUUCAUCAUCAGAAAAUUUAUAGUGGUUAAAAGCUCCAUAAGUGUAGCGAAUGUGACGAAGCAUUCGUCCAUUACUCAUCUCUUAUCUCAGAGAAUUCACAGUGGAGAGAAAUCUUACAAAUGUAAUCAAUGUGGGAAGGCUAUUGGCCAGAGUACAGAUCUCGUCAGACAUUAGAAGAUUCGUACUGGAGAAAAACCUUAUAAAUGUAAUGAGUGUGGGAAAAACUGGAGAAAAGCCCUAUGAAUGUAAUCACUGUGGUCAAGCCUUCAAUUGUAAUUGAGACCUUGUUAGACACCAGAAAAUUCAUAUUGGAGAGAAGCUUUAUAAAUGUGAUGGAUGUGGGAAAGCUUUCACUUGUAACUCAUCUCUUACUGUACAUCACAGAAUUCACACUGGAGAAAAACCAUAUUAAUGUAACCAAUGUGGGAAGGCCUUCAGGUGUAGCACAGAUUGUAUUAAAUGUUAGAAAGUUCGUCUUGGUGAGAGGCCUUACGUAUGUGUUCAGCAUGGGAAAACCUUCAGCUGGAGUACAGAACUUAUUAGGCAUCAGAAAAUUCACAUUGCCAUUGAGGUCUUAUAAUGAAUGUAGAAUGCAAUAAUCAUCCAGAACACAGACUUGUUAUGUACACCAGAGAAUUGCAUAGUUGGCCAAGACUUUGUAAAUUAAUGAUCAUGGAUAAGCUACCAGCCAGCAUUUAUUCCUUGUUUACCAGCAUAGUCUUCAUACUUCAGAGAAAUUACUGGUGUGUAAUCAGUGCGAGAAGACUAGCAAAUUCCUUACAUUUAUCCUUACUAAAUUUUAUCCUCUAAUUUUGGAAUCUGUCCUUCUGUGAUAAUCUUCAUGCAUUUUGUGUCACCGACAAUUUUGGUAAGCAACAUAUCUAUGAUUUUAUCUGAGACCUUGAUAAAACUGUUAAUGACACGCAGAUAAACCCUGAUUCUUGGAGAUCUCACAAGUAGACAAUGAUCCAUUUUAUGAGUAUUCUGUGGGUCUUUUCAUUAAACCAGUUCUAUAUUCAUCAAGUUAUUUAACCUAAAUUUCCAUCUUUUCUCCAAUAGUAGGUACCACUCUUUCUCUCUUUCUCAAAUUCUUUGCUAUAAAGCAUUCUGAUGUGCCAGUCUAGCAACUUUGUCCAAAAAAAAAAAGGGGGGGUAGUUUAAUAGGAUUUGUUGGCAGAGUACAUAUGGUGGCCAAUACUUUAUUAGCAUUUUUCCUUUCUGGUAUUAUUGGCCAUCCUUUUAAUACCUCUUCUAGAACUUUGCCAAAAUUAAGGUCAGUCUAUGAUUUUUAGCCUCCAUUCUCUUCUUUCUGAAGAAAAAAGAUAUUUCUUCUCCAGUCCUGCAAUAUUUCUCUGUUAAUUAAUGAUUUUCCAAAAAUUGUCAAGUAUUACUUAACUGUUUUCCUGUCUUAGAAAGGGAAAACUCACUAUAUUAUAUGUAAUAUAGGCUCACUAAGGCAGCCUAUAUUAAAAAAUAACUAAUGUGAACAUGUUUUAAAAAAAAGAUGUUGGAACAAUUAUUGACACCAACCAUAUCUAUAGCCUUUAAUACCCAAUAUGUAGUUCAUCUAUACCAAGUCAUCUUUUUCUUUUGUUUUCUUCUCACUUAUCCCAGGUAACAAUUCCUAUAUUUAUUCUUUUCUUUCUGAUCCAAAAAUCAUGAUCUUUGGCAGGGAAAAUGGACCGAUGAGGACUUCAGCAGUAUUGCAUUCUGGGAUCAGUUAUGAUCGUUCCAUCCAUUCCGAGUGCUGGUGUCUUUUAGCUUUUUUUCUUUAUUUCUUUUUUUUUUUUUUUUAGGUCAUCCUCUUUCUGAUACAAUUAACCCACUUCUCAUUCACUUUUCUUACCAACUUUAACUAAUCAAAGUUUAACCCUCCUGAAAUGUCAGGAUCAUGACUCAUUGUGAUAGUUAUUUUCCAUUUCUUGACCUGGUCUCCAUCCUCUGUACACAUCUAUCUUCUUGACCUUUAAGCUAUUGUGUGUAUUUAUUCAUGCAUAGAAUUCUACAUUCAAAGGCUAGAAAACUUGUCAGACUACUGCUUUACUACCUCUAAUAUGGAAUAAACUCCCAAGAGCCCCAUGAUUUACAUACCCCAUCCGUCUCUUCCAAAGUAGAAGAAAAUUCCCCCUUUGGUCCUUCUUCCCCAGCUUUGAUAUGGUAUACUUAUCAUUAAAGCAAGUCACUCAAACUAUUGCUCUUCUAUAUGUGAUAAGAGAACUCUCCAAUAUAGCUAGGCAAAUGAAGUCUCCAAUUAAUUCCAGAUUAUGCCUUUACACAAGUCUUGAGCAUCUCUUUUUAAAAAAUAAUUUAUUUCUUAUUUCUAUUUAGAAUACAUUCAUUCUAUCAGAUAUUCUCAUGACAAUAUUGUCUCUGACUUCACUGAUGUUCACCUGCAUGUUCUCCACCAUAGUCUCCUCUAAUAAUGCUUGGGUUUUCUACUAGGAGAAUAUCUUAAUAAACACUUCUACUCAUCCCUAUCUUUUUAUUUCUUAAGUUUUUUUCAAACAAGUUAUACCAUUUCAGAAGCAAAGUCUAUGGUCAUGGGUCUCAUUCUGCUAAUUCUCAAUGGUUCUGAGAUUUGCCUCCUUGGGCUAGCUCUCCAUUUCAUCUUAUCUUUUACCUGUACUUUAUGCAUUUGUGUGUAGGCCAUUUAAGAACAUGGAUUUUAUUAAACUUCCAUUGUUGGAUUUUAUCUCAUGUGAAUAUGUCACAGCUGCUUUUCUUUACAUAUUGUAGCUAUUUUUUUUAAAAAGCUUUUUUAUUUUUCUAAACAUGCAUACAUAAUUCUGCAGCAUUAGCACCUGCAAAACCUUGUGUUCCAGUUUUUCCCUCCUUCUGCCUCUCCCCCAGAUAAGAAGUAGUCCAAUAUAUAUUAAACAUGGUAGAAGUAUAUGUUAAAUC